AUGAGCCAAAUCGAGGAAAACAUUCGCUAUGGCGGAGCCGCCAAUGAGGCCGAAGGAGAGGAUGCUCAACGCAAGGCUCAGGAGAGAGAAGCCAAGAAGGCUGAGGUCCGAAAGCGUCUUGAGGAGGCUGGACAGAAAAAGCAAAAGAAGGGAUUCUUGACUCCAGAGAGAAAGAAGAAGCUUAGAAAGCUUCUCAUGAUCAAGGCUGCUGAGGAUCUCAAGAGACAACAAUUGCUCAAGGAGCAAGAAAGAGUCAAGAUUCUUGCCGAGAGAACCAUUGCUCUCCCAAAUGUUGACAGCAUCGAUGAUAAGGCCAAACUCGAAGCCAUCUACAACGACAUGUUCAGUCGUCUCUGCUCUUUGGAGGAAGAGAGAUAUGACAUCAACUACGUGACAACUGAAACCGAGACUUCUAUCAACCAGCUCAACAUUGAAGUCAACGAUCUUCGCGGAAAAUUCGUCAAGCCAAUGUUGAAGAAGGUUUCCAAGUAUGACAACAAAUUUAAGAAGAUGGCUGAGGAGGCAGACAAGAAGGAUGACAACACCAAGGUCUUGAGAAACAACUUGAAGACUGUUAAAAAGGAGAGCGUCUUCACUCAACUUUCUAACCUGAAGAAAUCCGAGAAGCCAGAAUGGUCGAAGAAGAACAAGGAAGAGAAGAAAGAAGAAGUUGCUCCAGAACCAGUCGCUGAGCCAGUAGAGGUAGAGGAAGCGGAGGCUUCUGAGGAGGAAGAUGAGGCUGAUGAGGAAUAA